AUGUUGCGGCUCGUUUGGGCCACCAGCGGAGAUCCGGUUUGCACGUUGGAUGCAGACGAGCUGCAGUGGCUGGAGGAGCACCACAACUCGGUGCGUGCCCUGAAGGAGUUGCUUGCAAGCCCAACACGUCUUCAUGUGACGCGCUUCCGGCUGCGCUUGAUGCUGCAGGGCUGCUUUCAGGUUCUGUCGGAUUCGGAGAUUCUCAGUUUGCCACAGAACUUGGAAUUGGUGCUCUUAGAACUUCUACCGCCCAAAGUCACGCACACCGAGCGGCUGAUCGGCGCCUGUAUGCAGAACCGCGUGCACCGGGUGGAGACGUUGCUGCAACUGCCUCAAGAUCCCAAUGACCAGGACGAGGAAGGACGAAGGCCCUUGCACUUUGCGGCAGCGGCGGGACACGUGCGCUGUGUGAACCUCCUUUUGGAGGCUAAGGCAUCUCAAGAGCCUGCCAGUGACAACUUGGGGCGUGCCUGCCCUUUGCACUUCGCUGCGGGCCAGGGACACUUGGAGGUGGUACGUGUCUUGCUAGCUGCAGGUGCUGAGAAGGACCAGGAGACAGACGAGGGAGCAACUCCCUUGCAUGUGGCAUGUGAAGAGGGCUAUGCAGAUGUGGUGCGGCAUUUGAUUGAGUGCGGUGCUGACAAGGACAAAGCAAGGAGCGACGAUGGUGCAACACCUUUGCUGUUGGCCUCACUGGAAGGUCAUUUGGAGGUGGUUCGCACCUUGCUGGAGGUGGACGUGGACAAGGAGAAGGCCACCAGCGACACGGGCACCACACCGUUACACGAGGCCGUGAGACACAACCGUCGCGAGGUCAUGCAGCUGUUGCUGGAACGUCGUGCUGAUGCUGACCGCAUGACGAUGCAACAUGGCCUAACACCUUUGCACAUUGCAGUGCAGGAAGGACAUCAUGAAGGCAUUGGUCUUCUGCUGGACUUUGGUGCGGAGAAAGACAAGCCUUGCAGGGAUGUGGGUGCUCCCCCUCUCCUCCAUGCUGUGGCUUUGAACCAGCUUCCGAUCGUUAAAGUCUUGCUGGAGAGAAGGGCCCAGAUAGACAAGUCCGCUGAAAACGUGGGUAUCGCGCCUUUGCAUGUCGCAGCUGAGCGUGGCUCUGUGCCCAUCACGCGUCUGUUGCUGGAGUUUGGUGCGGAUCGGGAUUCCAGUAGCGCAGCAGGUGAAGUGCCCUUGCACUUCGCUGCUUCGCAGGGACAUCUGGAGGUCUCACGGCUUUUGCUGGAAGCAGGUGCUCAGAAGGAGUCUGCCACCAGGGAGCUGGGGAUCACUCCACUCCAUCGAGCUGCUCAAGAAGGACACCUCGAGGUGGUACGUUUGCUGUUAAGCGCGGGAGCUGCCAAAGACAAAGCAAUUCUAUCAGAUGGUGCAACGCCCUUGCUUUUUGCAGCCAUCCGCGGGCACAUGGAGGUCUGUCGCCUGUUGCUUGGAGCCAACGCUCCCAUCGACCAAGCCACGAGCGAUCGUGGGUCCACCCCUUUGCACAUGGCAGCGCAGGAGGGACAUGUGGAACUGGUCAGGUUCUUGGUGGCUUCCGGUGCUGACAAAGAUCUGGCGCGGACCGACGAUGGUACGACACCUUUGCUCUUGGGCGUUUUACAGGGCCACUUGGAGGUGGCGCGCGUCUUGCUCGAGUUGGGUGUGGAGACGGACAAGGCCACGACAGAUGAUGGAACCACAGCUUUGCAUUUGGCUGUUCGGCAAUAUGAUCUGCACAUGGUCCAACUCUUAUUGGACUUCGGUGCCCGGCCAGAUGUGACUAAUGCGUUGGGCGAUCGGCCUCUUGAUGUGGCUCUACGGUAUGAGGAUCAGGACAUGGUGGAUCUGCUCAGCUCGUCCGUCCACCCGAAGCGACGCAAGUUGUGCCCACGCUCGACCGGCCGCUUGGGCCAGCUGCUGGACCAGCGUGCUGCCACCACUGCCCAACCCGCGCCAAUGCUCAGUGCGGCAUCCUCGCCCUCUUCUGCAGGGAUGCUGGGGGCGUUAGCACCACAGGUCCUAUGGCACGGCGGAAGCUGUUUGGUGCUUUGGAAGCCCCCGCACUGGCAGGUGGAUGAAAGAGAGCCCAAAGAGGAAGUGGAGAUCAUCCGUGAUGGCCGUGGCUUGAUGUCGCCCUUUCUGCAAGCGAUGUUGCCCAAGAGACGGCAUCCAGUAGUCUACGACCCCAUGCAUCAACGCGGCUUCCUACAUCGCCUGGAUGUGCCCAGCUCCGGGCUGAUCGUGGCCGCUGCGACCUACCAAUCCCUCCACGACCUCAAGUUUCAGCUCUCCACAGGAGCCUUGCAGCGCGAGUACCUGGUACUUUGCCAUGGCCAUGUCUCGUCUGAGCGGCACAGCAUCCAGAGCGAGAUCACUUGGACGUCGCAGGGCUACGCAUUGGGCGUGUUGAGCUUUGCUUCGGCGAGGGAGACGCAAGAGUUAGUGCUGGCAGGCGUGGAAGGAGUCAACGCUAGGGUCUUGCUUUGCAACCAGGGCUUUGGCCAAAACCAGUGUAUCAACAUGUAUCAACAGUGA